GUCGGCGGUUAUCGCGCGACACAACACAAGACAGCAACACACGCACGCACCAUUUCCAACAGCAACGACGAUGAUGAUGACAGCGAGGUGCUCGGAUGUGUAUGGACGAGAACGCACGCUUGCCAAAGCGGCCUUUGGCGUCGUGCUGGAGGCCACCCACAACGUGACAGAGGAGCAUGUCGCUAUCAAGCGGCUGUGCUGCACCACCGCGUCCCGCCUCGCGCGGGCACACCGCGAGGCCCAGGCGCUCCUGCGACUGCAGCACGACCACAUUGUCCGCCUCCUGGAUGUGUUUGUAGAGGCAGACGGCACCGACGACGCCGAUGGCGCUCGGGACGCAGAUGCGAUAAGCGGCGACAACGGUGACGGCAGCAAAGAUGGUGCCGAGGAUAGCACACACAGCGCGCAGGGCAUGGCGAGACGAGGGAGCAGCAGAGCAGCAAUGACGGCAAGGGCGCCACAGCAGCCAGCACCAGCACCCGGCGUGCAAGUGAGCCUGGUGAUGGAGCGGAUGGAACACAGCCUGGCGAGCGUGCUGUCUCAGUUCUACGAGCGUGGUGAAGCAGUGCCAAGCGCACAUGUACAGUACUGGGCACACCAGCUCUUCACUGCGCUCGACUACUUGCACGCGUCCCACAUUGUCCACAGGGAUCUCAAACCGCACAACAUCCUCGUCAACUCCAGCACCACCUGCACCCUCAAGAUAUGCGACUUUGGGCUGGCGUGUGUGGCUGACAGCGAGAGCGCGCCUUUGUUUCGAGAGGAUGCUGGUACGCGGUGGUACCAGGCACCGGAAGGGCUGCUCAUCCCCAACUGCCGCAUGCCCUCACUUGACUUGUGGGCAGCAGGGUGCAUAUUGGCAGAGAUCCUUGAGUGCCGCCCGCUGUUUCCGGGCCGCCACCAGCUCGACCAACUGCGUCUCGUCGUGCGUGGCGUUGGUCUGCCGUCAUCUCCGCUCCCCUGGCUGCCGCAGGAGACAGUCGCCAUGUGUGAGCGGGAGUUUGGUGGUCGUCGCGGCCGCAGUGGCGGCGGUCUCGAUGCCUUGCUGCCGCACACGCGUCGUGACGCGCGUGAUGUCGUUGAGCGGCUGUUGCGGUUUGACCCGAGCCUGCGCGCAUCUGCACGCGAUAUCCUUGGGCACCCGUACUUCUUCGACCUCCCUCGCCCGGAGCCGUCAAUGCCGGCGUCCAUUGCACCACAAGACCUCGAAGUCGACGAUCCCUCAUUAAUGGAGCACAACCUGCGUGCGAUUGCCGGCUGGCUCGCACAGCAGCACUCGACCCAGGAACCCGACACCAUCAGCAGUGCAUGCAGUUGACGUGCGCUGCUGCUUAUGUUGCAUGGUACAUGAUUACAUGCAUGUUAUGCCGUAUGUUGCAUGUUGUCACCACUCAAGACUUCAGCCGCACUUCUUGUUGUGCCUUUGCGUUGUUGCUAAUUGAUGGCGUGUUCACGUGUUACAUCAUGUACAGCCACUCUCUUUAAAUUCGCUUUAUUCUUCCCUUGUUCGCCACAUGUGCACACUUGUGCCUUUCACGUUAUUACCAACAUGUAGUUGUCGCUUCCGCGCCUUGUGCAUUGCUAUUCUUUCGUUUACUUGUGUGUACGUCUCCGUGUGCUCGUGAGGACACGUGAAUGUCUUGUGUACAGGUAGCGGGUGGCCAAUGCAUGCAAGCAAAGCCAGCAAGUGAAAUGAACCGACCUUGGUUGGAUAAGAGUAAAACCAACAAAACCAAC